AUGUCCUCGACCUUACUGCCCCUGCGGACCGUCCUGGCCCGACCGGCAGCCUCACACUUUUGCCCUGCACAAUCCACAUGCCAUCGCGCCGCGAGGGCCUUUGGCACGUCCUCCGCCCUCCUCGCCACGGGCUACCCUUACCAAGGCGUGCCUCGCGACAGCCACGGCCUCUCCGUGCCCAUCCCUAAGCCCAGCUCCAGGUCCCCCGAGAUCCCGCCCUACCCAUAUGGACCCCGCCGGGUUUACAAGCAGUCCAAUGGCGGCCUCUACGGCUCCUCGCGCAUCCAGUUCGGCAACAAUGUCUCCGAGAAGCACGAUGUCAAGACCCCUCGCAAGUGGCGCCCCAACGUCCAGCGCCGGCGGCUGUGGAGCGACUCGCUGAGCUGCUUCGUCCAGACCAGGGUCACCACGCGCGUGCUGCGCACCAUCGACAAGGCUGGAGGCCUCGACAACUACCUGCUCGGCGACAAGAGCCAGCGCAUCAAGGACCUGGGGCCGUGGGGGUGGAAGCUGAGGUGGAGAAUCAUGCAGAGCGAGACCGUCAAGCUGAGGUUCGCCGCGGAGAGGAUGGCCCUGGGGCUCCCGCCAAAGUCAGACGGUGUCUUGGAAGCUGAGGCCCUGCAAGAGGCGAUCCUUAUGGGCUUGAUACCCGCUGGUGCCCCUGCCCAGCAGACGCAGCAGCUCAUGGCCGAAACUCAGCAGAUGAUAGAUGGGGACGAGGACUUUGUCAUCGGCAAGGAUGAAGGCUUCAUGAAGGAGCAAGCGCCAUGA